AUGAGCAGUUCUCUUAUUCGCCGACAAAAAUUUCGAAAAUCACCACCUCAACCAAUAGAUCGACAUUUGACUGAGAUCGAUGGAUCUGAUGGUUCGGUUUAUAUCAAUGCUGGUAUCGAUUCAACAUGUUGUAAAAAACGUGGAAGAACGAUACAUACACUUACCAAUGGUAUUGUGGUAUCAACACCUCAAACUCAAAUAACAAUAAAAAGAACAAUAAGUGGAUCUGGUAAUGAUUUAUUAUCGGAGCUAAGUAACGAUAGUUCAAAUGAUGAUCGACUUGAUUCGAUCAAUACUCAAUGUUGUUCUCAUUGUGGAAAGUAA